AGUUGAUCAGAUUAUCGGUGGCGGGGCUGGGUUAUCUCCGAGUGUGUGACACUCACUGCUGGUUUGGCGUGGCCCAUUCUACACACUCAAACACGCAGCUGGAGAGGGGCGUAGUGUAUGAAUGUGCGUGCGGGUGUUUGGACGGGGAGUUGGCGCCUGGCAAUGGACACCUACAGACCACACUCCGUGUUUAUUUUACUGUUGUUAUCGUCGGAUAUUUGUCUGCCGUCGCAGUUUCCAACACAACUCAUAAUAAAGGAAUGGGUGGAUCAGAUGCAGAUAGAGCUGGUGACCCUGGCAGACAUGGCCAGCGCCGGGAAGAGCCUCACACAGAUCUUCCUGGACAACCAGAACCUGUACACAGUAGAGUCUAAUGAUGCUGAGGAACUAGUGGCUAGGGCAGCCAGGAACAUAGAACAGCUGCUACUGAAGAGGGCUGCAGCUCUGGAGACUCUGGCCACAGCUGCUGAGAACUUCCAGAUGGAACACCAGUGGAAGGAUGAGUAUGCGGAUGGUGACAUUGUUUACUACAAUGCAAAGGACAAUUUGGAGGUGAAUGAGACAGAGGGUAGGAAGAACCGGAUCAGGCCAGCCUUUAAGGAAGAUAUGCUGUUUAAACGCCUCACCUCUCACAACCACACUGCUGUCCACAUCCCUACUGACAUCUACGAUGGCUCCACCAUCGUGCUGAAUGAGUUGAACUGGACGGAGGCGCUGGAGGAUGUGUUUAAGAAGAACAGAGAGGAUGACCCUACUCUGCUCUGGCAGGUGUUUGGUAGUGCUACUGGACUGGCCCGAUACUACCCAGCCUCUCCAUGGAUGGAUGCUCGGAAGACCCCCAGUAAGAUUGACCUGUACGACGUACGCAGGAGACCCUGGUACAUUCAGGGAGCUGCCUCACCCAAGGAUAUGUUGAUCCUAGUGGACGCGAGUGGCAGUGUGUCUGGUCUGACUCUGAAGCUGAUCAGGACCUCUGUCGGUGAGAUGCUAGAGACUCUGUCUGAUGAUGACUAUGUCAACGUGGUCUAUUUCAACACCAGGGUGAAUAACACAGCGUGUUUUGACCACCUGGUCCAGGCCAACGUGAGGAAUAAGAAGAUCUUGAAGGAUGCUGUUCAGAACAUCUCUGCUAAAGGCAUCACCAACUAUACCAAGGGAUUUGAGUUUGCCUUCGAACAGCUCUAUGCAACUAACAUCACUAGAGCCAACUGUAACAAGAUCAUCAUGCUGUUCACUGAUGGAGGAGAGGAGAGAGCGUCGGCCAUACUGCAGAAAUACAACGCUGACAAGAAGGUGCGAAUCUUCACGUUCUCAGUGGGUCAACACAACUAUGAUAAAGGUCCAGUCCAGUGGAUGGCCUGCGCUAAUAAAGGAUACUUCUAUGAGAUUCCCUCUAUUGGAGCAAUACGCAUCAACACUCAGGAGUACCUGGAUGUCCUGGGCAGACCCAUGGUUCUAGCUGACCAGCUCGCUAAGCAGGUCCAGUGGACUAAUGUCUACCUCGACGCUCUGGAGCUAGGUCUGGUCAUCACAGGAACCCUACCUGUCUUCAACAAGACCAAGUAUAAAGAUGAUUUGGGUAUAGAGAUUCAGAACCAGUUGAUCCUAGGGGUGAUGGGGAUUGACGUGUCACUAGAUGACAUCAAGAAGCUCACGCCGCGCUUCACUAUCGGACCUAAUGGAUAUUAUUUUGCCAUCGACCCCAAUGGAUAUGUGCUGCUACACCCCAACCUCCAACCUAAGAAAAGGAUCCGUAACCGCAAGACAAGACUCAAUAAGCCAUAUGCCAUCACGUUCCAUGAGAACCCUAAAUUCCAGGAGCCUGUCACUCUGGACUUCCUCGAUGCUGAACUGGAGAACGACAUCAAAGUCCAGAUCAGGAGAAUGAUGAUAGAUGGGAACCCAGGUGAAGAGACCAUAGAUACUCUAGUUAAAACUCAGGAUGAGAGGUACAUCGACAGAGGAGUAAGAACUUACACCUGGGCUCAGGUCAAUGGAACAGACUACAGCUUGGCUCUGGUCCUGCCUACCUACAGUGAACACUACAUACAGGCAAAACUGGGAGACACCAUCAGACAGGCCAUGGCUCCAUGGGGGCAAAAGGCCAUGGAUACUCUGCAGGUGGAGAUGUUUGAUGAGUUGGGCUACACCUUCAUCGCCCCCAGGGAGUACUGCAAAGGCCUGAAGGACAACGACAACAACACCCAGUUCCUCCUGGACUUCAACCAGUUCAUUGACAGGAACACACUGGAAGAGCCAUGUAAUGUGACUCUGGUCAGUAGGCUGCUGUUGGACGCUGGGUUGACCGCUGAUCUGGUCAAACUGUGGAAGGAGCAGACAUUGGGCGGGAUUCUGGCUAGGUUUGUAGCCACUGAUGGAGGGAUCACCAGAGUCUAUCCAAGAAGUGCUGGGGAGGAGUGGACAGAGAAUGCUGAGACCUAUGACUCAAGUUUCUACAAGAGGACUCUGGAUAACGACAUCUAUAUUUUCACCGCGCCAUACUUCAACAAGAGUAGGGAGUCAGGUUAUGAGUCCGGUAUUCUGGUGAGCAAGGCUGUAGACCUCAACAUAGAUGGAGUCAACCUCAAACCAGCUGUGGUGGGAGUGAAACUGAACGUCUCUGCCUGGAUGAACAGCUUCAUGAACGCCACUAUCAAAGUCAACUGCAAGGAUGAAAUAUGUGGCUGUCUGAAGAAUGAUAAGCACGUUGACUGUGUAAUCCUGGAUGAUGGAGGCUUCCUGCUGAUGUCCAAUCAGGAUGAGUAUAUCACUCAGAUUGGUCAGUUCUUCGGGGAGGUGGACCCAGUCGUGAUGAUCAGUCUGGUCAACACGUCUCUGUACUCCUUCAACAAGACUUACGACUACCAGUCAGUCUGCGACCCUGAGAGAGACAGCAAGGCUGCUGCAGGGCCACGAUCUGUCUAUGUGCCCACUGUAGCAGACAUGCUGAGUAUAGGCUGGUGGGCAUCCACUGCUGCCUGGUCAAUAAUACAGCAGCUCUUUUACGGUCUCAUAUUCCCCAACUUCCUAGAGGCAGCGGACUCAGAUGAGGACAUGUCAGCUAACAUGUUUAAGGAGAGCUGUAUCACAGAGCAGACUCAGUACUUCUUCGACAACGAAGAGAGAUCCUACUCAGGAGUCCUUGACUGUGGAAACUGCUCCAGGAUGUAUCGAGCUGAGAAGCUGCCCAAAACUAACCUGGUGUUUCUGAUCACUGAUGCCAAGGCCACCUGUCUGUCUUGUGACCCCAGACCACUACGACAGGCUGAGCAACCCUCCCAAGGUCCAGACCCCUGUGAGCUGGCUCAGAACCCCAGAUACAGGAAAGGACCUGACGUGUGUUUCGACAACAACAUAAACGACGAGCCCCUGUGUCCAAUCAGCGGUGUCUCUGGUCUGAGUCCCAUCCCCUUCCUCCUAUUGCUGCAGGUGUUGAUGCUGGGCCCAGGGAGGAUGAUUCUGACUGUGGGGGCGGGACCUCUCUAAGCCCCUCCCUCUGGCCCAUGUUGGGGCUCCAACUACUGCUGAUGUGGCUCCUCACUGGCCCCCGACACUCAUGACCCCUACACAAACACACAAAUACACACACACACACUCACAUCUCACUCAGACAGUGUUUUACAUUGGACUGUUUUCUGACGCUCCAUCCUCUGAACGUAAUCACUGAUGUGUUAACUCACUGCCAGUAUGGAAGAGGAGUCACUCUCCUGUUCUCCAAUCAUUCUCCAAUGCCAAAGGGUGCUCUCUCAUCGCUCACUUACCUUCUCCACCAUGUUUCAAUUGCCUGAGAUAUUCUAUUCUAAUCUAUUCUAUUCUAUGGUGCAACAGUAAGAGCUAACCGAACCCUUUAAUUCUGUAUUAUCUAUGUAUUGGUUUGAAUCUGAGGGAGGUUGAGUGGCUGUACUUUCAUGCCAACAUGAUAUUAUUUUUCACUGACAGCAAAUUAUUUGUGUAGGCGUAGUUGUUUGUAUUUUUGUUGCUUAUGAUAUUUAUUAUAUUUAGAAAAAUAUAAUUAUAUAGACAACGAACGCUGUAACUGAAAUGGACAGCAAAGUUCUCAAUAAUCCAACUGUUCCAGGUCAACCAGCAGUGAGUGAAUAGACACAGUAGACUAGAGUAGGGUUCACUCAAUAGAGAGCUGAAGAACACUAACUAUGACACCAAAUAAAGCUACUUAGAGUAAUGGGGAUAUUUGGCCAAUGAAGAUACUCUGAUAACAUGCAGGGUCAAAUCAUACUUUAAUAUCGAUAUGGCCAUGUUACCAAUCGUGGGGUAUUAAUCUAUGACCUGGGCCAAAUACUUUCUAAAUACUUUUGGUGUGCUUCAUUUAGCUUCACUUACAGGGUGUGCAUGGUUGUACUUUUGGGACUGUUCCAUUGCACCGGGAAAGCGAAAUCUAGUGCAACUCAAGUGUUUGAAAAUACACUAUACAUUUGACCCAGGUCUUUAUAGAUACACAUACAGUAUAGCUUCAUUUGAUGCAUCAGAUUCCUAGUGCCUAUGUAGCGUCAACAUCCCAUUCAUAUAUCCAGAGUCAUUGGAAUGAUGUCCCAAUGUGUCCCAGUUGCACGCCGUACAGUAUGCUAUGUGUAGUAGUAGAGCAGGAGCAGUAGCUCAGAGAUAUGUUUCUUAUGUUACGUAACUAGCUGGUAUCUAUCUAGCCUGGGUGUCAGUCUCAUUCACCUUCAGACUGCCAGCCAGACUUGAACCCACCUCUGUAGAACAAUAUGCUCCUGAAGUUAGUUUCCUCUGGAUCCCCAGACUCAGGAUUUCAGCAAAGUGGAAGACAGAAAAGCUUUCCAAAAGACUACAGUAGUUAGUUGUAUCACAUGCCCUGGUGAAAAGACAACUGGAGAAUGAUAUUAGCAUAUAUAAAGACUGUUUCUUAUUCUUCUUCUUCUUCUUCUUCUUCUUCUUCUGCUUGUUUCUUCUUUGUGUUGCUCUCUAAGUGCUGUCAACGAGACGCUGAAAGCUUGGUGUCCAAAUGCUGCAAUGUGACGGAAUGAGUCUGUUCGAUGUUGGGUGCUCCUCAAACCAUGGAUGAGUCACUGUUUGGCCAUGAUGGAGAGGACCAAGGUACAGGCACUGUUACCACAGACAGUUUCAACAGUCUUACCCCACUCUUACCCCAACCUUACCAAAUGUUAAGUUCACUGUAAGUUACACAUUAUAAAAAAGCAGCCAUGUAACCCUAACCCAAAAUGAAGAACAAACAGCUCAUGUUCUGUAGUUUUUCAUCAGGGCCUAUCGUUGCCAGUCUUGUCCUUUCUGCCAUGGCCAUCUUGUGACUACCUGGUUUGGCGUUCAGGAUCAUGCUUGUUUAUCGGAGUCGCGUGUUGAUGUGUGUAUAACGCCAAGGGCAUGAUGUAGCACUGGUACAGGCAUGUCCCUGGGGUAUCUCUGAUUGUGCUUUAAUACAUGACUUACUCUUUUGUGGAACUUGACUAGCCUGAUUCAAUUUUGUAUACAUUUGUACAAUAAUGAUAUUUACUGUAAAAAAAAAAAAAAAGAAACAGAAAAAAGGAGAAAUAAUGUUUAUAACAUGGUGUUGAUUCUUGUGCAAAUAUGAUAUAUUCACAAUAAACGUAUAGUAUUGUUAUGGUCUGUUGAUUAGCUGUUCGUUCAACAGGAGAGUAUUUUAUGGACAUCUAACUUGGCACAGCAGCUGGACAUAAAACAACCGCUUGCUGUUUGAGGCUCCCCUGUUCCCACAAGUAAUACUUCAAUAAUGAUUUACUAAUAGUUCAUGCUGGAGAGAUCAAACAGCGGGUCACAGAUCAGGAAAAACAUGAUAUUAUCUUUCAUCUGCUCAGAGCAAGGUCAGGAUACUGCUACAGAUGAGGUGAGGGGAGAGGACAACUCUUCCUAUUGCUCUGAGAGAACGACAGAGAGUAGCUCACAGCCAUUCGACUGUGUUAGGAGCCUUGAUACUGAGUCAACUGUACUGUCGCUGACAGGUUAGUAAAUUACUCUAAUCAUGCAGUUACAUGUAUGUACUGUACAGUACUGGCCUGUAAUGUCUGCUUAAUGAUGAAGGUCACUGUAUGCAAUUGUAAUCACUUAUCUCGGCCAUCUAGCAGUGUUUGGUUUAAUAUCAUAAGGUACUGACAGACAUGCAAUGACCAUGGAUGUCUAAUAGACAUACAAAAAUAAAUAUGACAACAUGUUCUUGUGCUCUCUAGCACACUGAUAAAAAUACGUUUUUCUAAAUGCAAUAAUGUUCCUCACAUUGCUCAGAUUCUCUGAUAGAGUAAUAGGUUAUUAUGCAACUAUGACCAACCAUUAGUUACAGUGAGUCUGCCUAUGGCAGGGAUGUUCAGUGUUAUUCUUCAAGGCUUGGGAUUCAUUAUGCCAACUUGAAUUCCUGUUUAUUGAUAAUGUGACUGUAUCACUACUGGACUCCCUAACUGAUGAUACAUCAUGGUAAAGUCAUAGUACAGGGGUUCUCACUGAGAAUGACCUGGUACCAAUGGGACAUUCUUCAACCAGAGUGAAGCCACACUCUAAAGGCCUGCAAACUCUGAUAACACCCUUACGUAAUGUGAUAUUUGUGGAUGCAAAUGUUGUAUCUAAGGUGUUUUUGAAGAAAUAUAGUGCAUAUGCCUUCUUCUUUCUUUAAGCAGAAUGGUUUUUCUAAUACCUCUGUAAAAUGUGAUGGCAGUGCUGCUUUCUUUGCCCGAACACACACAUACACACACAGCAUUACCGAGGACAGGAGUCCGUGCAGAUGAAAGACAGAGAGAUGUGUAAUGACAUAGCAUGUCCCCUGUACCAGACUGUAUCCCCGGAAGGACCCACAAGUCCCCUCUCUCUCUCUGUGAUGUCUUGACAGGGGGAUUCACAGAGACCGACUUGGUCUAUUUUCUGCUGGUCUUUCUUAUAGACCAGAUGUAAGCAUCACGGCUCUGACAGGUCAGAGUGUCAUUAGGUUUAUGUUGUUGUUGUUUAUCCAAUGUUAUAUUUGGAUGAAUGCAACUACUGCUAAUUGUGUUUGUUAUACUGUGAAAUGAAACCUCAAAAGGAUCACAUUGGGCUGUACUGGCAGGUCUUGGUGUGUGUGUGUGUGUGUGUGUGUGUGUGUGUGUGUGUGUGUGUGUGUGUGUGUGUGUGUGUGUGUGUGUGUGUGUGAAGGGAUGGUUAGCCUGGGGGGUCUGUGUGUAAUGUGACUCCUUGUCUGUAGUGAUGGGGCUCAUAGCCUUUACCAUGGCUGCUAUCUCCUCACAUGCCAAUGCUCAGAGUUAACAGAGACUGAGGAAGAGAGAGAGAGUGAGCGAAGGAGAGAGAGAGGAGGAGGGGGGGAUGAAGGAAUUACCUCAUCAACUUCAGAAAUGGUCACAUUAAUUUUUUUAAAUAUUUUGGACUGAAGUAACAUUACCUGAAAUAAAAAGUUAACACAUAAAGAGUCAACACACUGAGUUGUGCUAUAUUGAAUGUGUGAACUAUGAUGUUCAGCUGAGAGAAAGACAAGCGCUGUCUCUGAUCAGAGCAUUGAGAAUUGAUAUAGUCAUUUGAUCCUCAUUAGUAAACUGGCCACAACAACCCUAAGGCCAUAAGAAAUAGCAUGAACCUAACCGUAUCCAUACGGCCAUUAGACCUAGCCUGAAUAAACAUCUCUAAUCAAGUGGCCCUAAUUUGGCCGACCUCAUUUUAAUUGUUGUAGAUGAGUUGUUCCAGUCAGAGCAGAGGGGAUGGUU